AAAAAUGCGAAUUUUUUCACAUAAAACUGACCGAAUCCAGAAUUCAAGAAAAAAAAAAUUUCAAUUUGAAUUCGAUACAACAGACCAGGCACACAUGGAUGCGCACACACACUCACACACACAGACAUUGAUAGACAAAAGCUUAAGUUCAAGAAUAAAAUUUUAUUCUUUUUUUUUGUAAUUCUUUGAAAAAAAAUUUGGUGCAUGAUUUUUUGUUUUUGUUUUUCAUUUUCAUUCAAUUUGAUAAAAAUCCGAAAAUCACUCAUUCUCCUCGUCCCCGCAUAAUAUAGCCAUAUGUGGUAUAUUCUGGUUUGCCCUCACACACACACAGACACACGAUCGAUGAUAUAUAGCAAAGAAUAAUAUGGCGUCCAAUAGAUUCUUCCGUAACGAAGAAUAUUUUCCAUUUUGGAUGAUGUGAGCAACAUUGGUAGAAUAUAGUUCUAUAUGCUGCUCAAAUUAUUCUUCGCUCGGUUUGUUUGUGUUCAUAAUUUUUCGUUCGUUUUUUUUCUGUUUCAUUCAAUGGAAUAAAAAUGUCAAACAGCCAACAAGAAUAUCAUAUGAUUAAUGAAGAUACUUUACAUUCAUCAAAUGUUGUCAAUGAUAAUCAUCAGGAAUUUUUCCAUAAUUAUCUGGCUUCAUCACCAUCAGCAACAGCCAAUGUAACGCAACCAACGGCAAUGAAUAAUAAUAAUAAUUUUCAAACACAACAACGAAAUUCUCAAACACCGCUCAUCAUGAUGAUGAAUAAUAAAGCAAAAUCCUUUGAUCAAGGUGAUCUUGAUCGUCAACGUUCACAAUAUCAUGCAGCCAUGGACAAGAAAAAAGAAUUAUUUUUCAAAAAUGAAAAUAUUGUACAGAUUUUCGAUAAAAUAUAUUCAAAUACUGAUGAUAAUAAUAUUGAUGAUUCAUUAACUGGCAACAAUAAUAAUAUCAUCACUAUCAAUCAUUUACCACCACAGGAAAGAGUGGCUAUGAAAUAUCGAAAUAUUGGAAAAAAUGGUUUACGUGUUCCGAUUCUUGCAUUUUCAGCAUGGAAUAGUUUUAGCCAUGUUUCUGAAGAUACGGCCGAAAAAAUAAUUACAGCAGCACUUGAAAAUGGUGUCAAUUACUUUGAUACCGGUGAUGCAUUUGAAAAUGGUCGAGCUGAAACAUUAUUAGGUAAAGUACUGAAAAGACGACCAUGGCCACGAAAUUCUUAUAUUAUAUCGACAAAAAUAUUCUGGAAAACUGGACCAUCAGCUCAUAUGGGUGCAGGUUUAUCGCGAAAGUUUAUUAUUGAAGCAGUGGAAGCAUCACUUCGUCGAUUACAAACGAAAUAUAUUGACAUUAUCAUCGUACAUAAAUUGGACGCAAUGUGUCCAAUGGAAGAGCUUGUUCGAACAAUGUCCUAUCUAAUCAAUCGCGGUCUUAUUUUUUAUUGGGGCACAUCACGAUUCUCUACAAUGCACAUUGCCGAAGCUUUCUCCAUUUCUCGACAAUAUAACUGUCCACCGCCAAUUUGUGAACAAAUGGAAUAUCAUAUGUUUUCUAGAGAUAAAAUGGAAUUACAAAUGCUUGAACUAUUUCAUAAGGCCGGUAUUGGUUGUAUUACUUGGUCGCCCAUCUCGUUACAGAAUGAUGAAGGUAUUUCACAUAUCACUCGAAGACAACAGAACAAAGAGAAUCAGCUUAAAUUCAAUGAAUUACAAAAAUUAUGCGACAAACUUCAAUGCGAUCUCACACAACUUGCGUUAGCUUGGUGUCUACAAAACGAAAAUGUCAAUUGCAUUUUGGUUACUGCAACAACAGUUGCUGAACUUUAUCAAAAACUUAAUUCUAUCAAAAUCUAUCCUGUAUUAACUGAAAUGGUCAAUAAUGAAAUUGAAAUGAUUAUUGAAAAUAAUCCAGUAAUAAAACGACAACAUCCGAAAACACCAUCCAUCACAAUCGAUGUGGUCAAUGUGGAACCGGAAUUUGUUUGAUUUGAUGAAAAUUUUUGUUUGUUUGUUGAUUUUUAAAUUGAAUAAAAAUUUUAUUUCAA